GUUAAUUUGUAGCCGGUUAUACAAAUGGUGUAAAGUCUGCAAUAUUGAUAUAUAUAUUCGAAUUUUAAUUAUUUAUAUUAUUAUUGUUAUAUAUACAUAUAAAUUAGUUUGGAUUCACGCCAUCAAGAUUCACCUGAUUCGUCUUGAGAAGGAAGCUACAUUCAAAGAGUAAUAAUUUUAUUUUCAGUAAAACUUUGGAUCAUGCCAUAAAGCUACAAAACAAAAAAAAUAUAUAUAUGAAUCUACAAUUGUUUUGUGUUUAAGAUAACAAAAUGUCGUUCUAUUGGUGUGAUAAUGUUCACACAACGGUCUUUACUCCGCGUGAUUAUCAAAUCGAACUGCUUUCAGUUGCUUUUGAACGUAAUGUAAUUAUAUGCCUUGGUCAUAAGUCUUCCAAGGAAUUCAUAGCCUUAAAGUUGCUGCAGGAAUUAUCACGUCCAGCAAGAUUAGCUGCAAAGUUUAAUUUGUAUUUAACAACUGACCAAACUUCACCAUCAAUAUCUGCCAUGAUAGAACAUUUAACAAAUCUGAAAGUGUUUAAAGUGGAAAACACAGAGCUGAGUGCGAAUAGUCAGCUCUACAUACCAAAGGGCUUUCAACUUUAUAUUAUUCACCCUCGUACUUGUUUGGAGGCAUUAAGAGGAGGAGUACUCAGUUUGAAGGAUGUACAUUUAUUAAUAUUAGAAGACUGUCAUGAAGCUGAUAUAUGUAAAGAUUUGCGCAUAAUUUUUCAAGAACAUUUUAAUAAUUUGAGUGCCGAGAUUCCGAAAGUAUUGGGUUUGGCUGGUCCUCUUCAUAGCGCAGAGUGUUCCUUACAAGAGUUAAAUGCAAUGCUAAAUACAUUAGAAGACAGUGUGCAUUGUAAAGCAGAGACAGCUAGCGAUAUCGUGACUGUAUUAAGGUAUUGCGCGAGACCAAGUGAGUUUAUAGUUCAAUGUAUGCCUUAUGAACGUGAUGAGUUGACGUUUGUAUUGGAGGAGAUCAUUUUAACAAGAAAAGCUUUUUUAAUGGAUCAUCGAUAUGACCCUUUUGAAAUAUAUAACACAGAUGAAUAUUUGGAAGAACUAAAAGACAUCCCUGAUCCCAAAGAGGAGCCAAUGGAAUUUUUAGAAAUUAUGCUCUUUGUACUUCAUGAAAUGGGACCAUGGUGUGCUGAUCGCGUUGCAGUUAACAUGUUUCAUCGCAUUGAAAAACAGAAAAUAAAAACGCCACAUGAACGCCACUACAUUUUGUUAUGUGUAGUUAAUACAGCUCUUCUCGAAUUCCAUGCUAUUUGUGAACAAACAUUCAAAAAAAUCAACAACCACAGAGAGUUAGUUGAACGAUAUUCAAGCCCUAAGGUAUUUCGUUUGUUAGAAACCUUACGCUUAUUUAAACCGGAAGAAUUAUUAACUAAAAAUGAGACUAUACAUAAACUGAGUCAGGAUUUAGAUCAAAUGGAUUUUCAAAAACUUAGUCGUAAUAUCGAAUAUAGUUGCCAAAAUGUUGAAAAUGUAACGACGAAACUACAAUUAGAAUCUCGUUCAAUUAUUGACAAUUUAGAUCCAAUUGUAAAAAAUAUUUCUGACAAUUUAACGCAAAAAAAUAUACAAAUAAGCACCAGCAAAAUAGAGAAUUCAGCCACAACGAACCGAAGACAUGGUGGGGGUGGAACACAUGGCCGUUUUAAACGUAGACAUUUUAACCGUAGACACAUACGUGAUAACGGUGAUGAGUUAGAUACGCUCUGUGCCAUUAUUUUUUGCAAUUCAAAUUAUACAGCGCGCGCUCUUUUUGAUUUGCUUAGUGAAAUGAGUCGACAUGAUUCUGAAUUAAAGUUUCUUAAGUGCCAAUUUACAACUGAUCGAGUGGCAGAUCCUAUCAGCGAACCCAAAGAAGCCGAAGUAGAGCAUAGACGUCAGGAAGAGGUAUUGAAACGUUUCCGCAUGCAUGACUGUAAUGUCUUAAUUGGCACUUCUGUGCUAGAGGAAGGUAUCGAUUUGCCUAAAUGUAAUUUAGUAGUACGCUGGGAUGCACCGACCACUUAUCGGAGUUAUGUUCAAUGUAAAGGACGAGCAAGAGCAGCACCUGCAUAUCAUAUUAUAUUAGUUUCACCAGCUUAUACUGCUGUUCAUAGUACAAAUGAGCAACUAAGUAACCAUAGCCAUAAAUAUCUAUGUAAACUUGAAGAUGGACAAGACGACAUUAUUGAUUCAGAUAAUUGUAGCGAUGAAGAGAAGCCUGAUAACAAAGUAAAUAAAUUCACGAUUGGUUCAACAAAGGGAAUUGUAAAAAUACUAAAUCCCGAAGUAAUUACAAAUAAACCGCCAACAAAAAGCGUUUUGACAUUGAAUGAGAUUACGGACGAUAUAUCGGUUUUUAAAAGCGUGCAUAAGGAUGAUACCAAUAUUGCUAACGUAGUAGAAAUUGAGCACAAUUUGUCCUCAAUGAUGGAUUUAAAACAAGGGACAGCUCCUAUGAAAGAUACUGGAAACAAAUCAGUAAUCAAAAAAUCCUUAGCCGAUUGUUAUGAAGUUCUUAAUCUUAGUGAUGCUAUAUCAGAUAUAAGUAGUUUAUUGAGUGAUUCUUUUUCAAGUUCUUUGGUGGAAGAGAAAUUAGCAGUACCGAAACUAAAAAAGGAUAAACGUAGAUUUCAAUGUAUUUUUGAAAGUGAUAAAAGCGUAUCCAUUACUUCCACAUAUUUCGAUGCAUCGUUGAGUCAAUUAGAAUUCACAACUAAUAAAAUAGUGGAACAACUAGCAGAAUAUCGUCAAAUCGAGAAGAUACUCCUAUCCAAAUGUGCUAAUACUGAGCCUCCAGAAACGGAACAUCAUUUUGCAGAUUAUUUCAGCAAAUGUAUUAAACGCUACAAGCCAAUGGAACAUUUAUUGACAGGUGCAUCCGUAGAUCUUACGACUUCCAUAGCUUUGGUCAACAAGUAUUGUUCAAAAUUGCCAAGCGAUACUUUUACAAAGCUUACAGCACUUUGGCGUUGCACCAAAACGAUUCGAUUUGGAGCAGAAGUAUAUCAAUACACAAUACGUCUUCCAAUAAAUUCACCAUUAAAAUACGAUAUAGUGGGACUUCCAAUGGUUUCAAAUAUAUUGGCACGUAGAAUGGCCGCAUUGCAAACCUGUAUGGAGCUUCAUAAAAUUGGGGAAUUGGAUGACAACUUACAGCCAAUAGGAAAAGAAAGCUUCCGUGCGAUGGAGUCUGACUGGGAGAGCUUUGAGCUAGAAGAGGAAGACGAAAAAAUAGUACAAAAUAACUCCGAACCGCGACCGGGAACAACGAAACGCAGGCAGUAUUACUAUAAACGUAUUGCUUCCGAGUUCAGUGACUGCCGUCCCACUGCUGGUGUACCUUGUUAUUUGUAUCUUAUUGAUUUGACACUACAAUGUCCGAUUCCGGAGGAACAAAAUACACGUGGUCGGAAAAUAUAUCCACCCGAAGAUGCGCAACAAGGCUUUGGUAUUCUAACUCUAAAACGUAUACCAAAAGUCAGUUCGUUUCCUAUAUUUACACGGUCCGGCGAAGUAAAAGUAUCGAUUGUACUUUCAAAAGAGACAGUUGUACUCACAGAAGCACAGAUACGUUGCAUUAAUACAUUCCUCAAUUACACAUUUACAAAUGUAUUGCGGCUUCAGAAGUUUCUUAUGCUCUUUGAUCCAGAUUCUACAGAAAAUUGUGUAUUCAUUGUACCUACAAUAAAAUGUAAUGGUGGAAAGGUAAUAGACUGGGACUUUCUUGAGAUAAUAGAAAAAAAUUCAAGUAUGAUGCCCUCUGCAGUCACAGAUGAUUUACGUAAAUCAAUUGAGUUCGAUGCAAAUAAGUUCAAGGAUGCCGUUGUUAUGCCUUGGUAUCGCAAUCAGGAUCAGCCGCAGUACUUUUAUGUGGCAGAGAUUUGUCCACAGCUUUCACCCCUGAGUUGCUUCCCCGGGGAAAACUACCGCACGUUUAAACAUUACUAUUUUCUUAAAUACGGUUUAAUAAUUCAGAAUGUUAAACAGCCAUUAUUAGAUGUAGAUCAUACCAGCGCACGUUUGAACUUUUUAACACCUCGUUAUGUCAAUCGAAAGGGAGUAGCCUUGCCCACUAGUUCCGAAGAAACUAAGCGUGCCAAACGAGAGAAUUUAGAGCAAAAACAAAUCCUUGUGCCGGAACUUUGCACCGUCCAUCCGUUUCCCGCUUCACUGUGGCGAACUGCCGUUUGUUUGCCUUGCAUUCUAUAUCGUAUAAACGGGUUAUUAUUGGCCGAUGAUAUACGCAAAAAGGUAUCACAAGACAUUGGAUUGGGGUUGCAAGAAAUCCCUGAUGAUUUUGAAUGGCCUAUGCUGGACUUUGGCUGGAGUUUAUCGGAAGUUUUAAAGAGAUCAAAGGAAAAUAAGAAUGGAUUAUUGGAUAAGAAAAUAGAAGAAAGUAACAAUAAAGAAAUGAAAAAUAAACAAAGUAACGCCUUUGAGGAAGGUACUGGAGGCCGUGAAGAAUUGGAUAACAGUUACGAAACCAACCAUACUAACAUGAGGAGCGCAAAUGAAAUAAUUAUAGAAGGUGAAAAGAAAUUGAAGGAUAGUACUUUCAUUGAAAUAGGCACUUGGUCUAAUGAUAUGGCCGAUAACAUUAAUUUCAGCAAAAACUCCGAGUCGUUGGAUGAAGACGAGGAAGAAUGUUUAAAAUAUCUCCCAUCGAAUGUUAGUUUCUGUGACCAACAAAUGCGUUACGGGUCUCCCACUUUCUGGGAUGUGAAAAAAUCAACCCUAACCGCAAAAGCUAAUGGUCUGCGAAAUCCAAACAAUAAUACAAAUAAUUCUCGAAAGAAUUCGUUCGCUUACUAUGAUUCGGAUGACUCGUUUGCUUCCAGUUACGAUGACAACGAGCCUAAUAACUACAGUGACGAAGAUGAUGAUAGCUUCGGUGCUCCACGUAUUGCAUUCACUUCUAGAAAUGAAGCAGAAACUAUUGAAACAGCACAAGAUAUCGAAAAGCGCAAUAAACAACUAUCUAUAAUUCAGGCGACAAAUGCGAAUGAACGUGAUUAUCAGAAGACAAAGAAUUUGCUUAUGGGAUACAAUUUUGUGGACUUGAAACCUAACAUGGAAGCUGAGUUGAGUCGUUCUAUUGCUCAGUUUACUUCGUCUACACGACAAUUGAAAAACUCGAUCAAACAAUCGAGUAUGCUUGUAAAAUACGAUCAGUCAGUGGUGUUGAAGCAUAAGGAUUCGAUAAAUGUGGCCUCAAAUAAUAUCAACGAAGCGGCUUCUAUAGAAGACUUUUGUAAACUAUUGCCUUAUGCUGAUAAAAACUUGUUGUUGUCUAUUUUAAGAGAGCAAGGUAAUAUGUUGAGAGUAUCAGAUAUUGGUCGAUUAAAUGCUGAGUAUUUAAAAUCUCACACUGAUGAGCUAUUCGAAAUUCAAGGUUGUGGUGAUAUUUUUGACAAUUUCAAUGAUAAGAACGAACUGAUAGAACAAUUUGACGAAAAAUGUAAAAGGACGGUGAAGUUGAAAUUUGAGAGGAAAGAAUGCUCCGCUAGUAUCAAUAAUACAUUGUCCGCAGUAAUCGAAAAUAACACCAAGAAUCCAUGUAGUAAUUUUAGUUUUGACUAUCAACCAGAUUUGGUUGGACACCCUGGCCCAAGUCCAAGUAUUAUCCUACAAGCUUUAACUAUGUCGAAUGCGAACGACGGCAUUAAUUUGGAACGUCUCGAAACUAUUGGUGACUCAUUCCUUAAAUAUGCCAUCACCACAUAUUUGUAUAUAACAUAUGAAAAUGUUCAUGAAGGCAAACUCAGUCAUUUGCGUUCAAAGCAAGUAGCCAACUUGAAUCUGUAUAGAUUGGGAAGACGAAAAAACUUGGGGGAAUACAUGAUUGCUACAAAAUUUGAACCUCAUGACAAUUGGUUGCCACCUUGUUAUUAUGUGCCAAAAGAGCUGGAGAAAGCUCUUAUAGAAGCAAAGAUUCCACCACAUCACUGGAAGCUGGUCGAUUUAGCUAAUAUUAAAAAAUUAAACAGUGCCGAGAUAUGUGCAUUGGUACGAGAAAAGGCUGACAAAUUAGGACUCAUUGGUGAUUCAAACAAUUACAAUGAGAAUAACGUAACUCUUGAAGAAAGUGGCGAAGGAAAUGACUUUACUUGUUUUAUUCCGUAUAACCUUGUGACACAACAUAGCAUUCCAGAUAAAUCUGUGGCUGAUUGUGUUGAGGCAUUAAUUGGAGCCUAUUUAAUUGAAUGUGGCCCGCGCGGAGCUCUACUACUCAUGGCAUGGCUGGGAAUACGAGUGCUUCCGUUUGUACAUAAACCAUUUGAUCCAAAUGAGUUCCGCGUUCCCGGUAGUAUAAAACCUGAUGGGAAUGGCAACAUAAAAGUUUAUGGAAAGUGGAUGGCUCCGAAAAGUCCACUCCUUCUUUAUUCCCCUAAUGCCAAUCAGGAAUUAGAGUAUAUGCUUGAAGGCUUUGAUGAGUUUGAGUCGACUUUAGGUUAUAGGUUUCGCGAUCGUUCUUACCUAUUACAGGCCAUGACUCAUGCUAGUUAUUCCCCUAAUCGUUUGACAGAUUGUUAUCAACGGUUAGAAUUCCUGGGUGAUGCAGUCCUAGAUUAUUUAAUUACACGUCACCUCUAUGAAGAUCCCAGGCAACACUCACCCGGUGCCUUGACUGAUUUACGUUCAGCUUUGGUGAAUAAUACUAUAUUUGCAUCAUUGGCCGUUCGACACGGUUUUCACAAAUAUUUUCGACAUUUGUCUCCAGGUCUAAACGAAGUUAUCGAUCGUUUUGUACGUAUACAAAACGAAAAUGGACACAGUAUAAGUGAAGAAUAUUACCUACUUUCGGAAGAAGAGUGUGAUGACGCUGAAGACGUUGAAGUACCAAAAGCUUUAGGUGAUGUAUUUGAGUCAAUUGCGGGUGCAAUUUUUCUGGAUUCCAAUAUGUCGUUAGACGUUGUGUGGCAGGUGUAUAGCAAUAUGAUGAAACCGGAAAUUGAACAAUUUAGUAAUUCAGUGCCAAAAUCACCCAUUAGAGAGUUGCUAGAAUUGGAACCAGAAACAGCUAAAUUUGGAAAACCGGAGAAACUGGCUGAUGGGCGUCGUGUGCGAGUUACCGUUGACGUAUUUUGCAAGGGAACUUUCCGUGGUAUUGGCCGCAACUAUCGUAUAGCAAAGUGCACUGCUGCGAAAUGUGCCCUGCGUCAAUUAAAGAAGCAAGGUUUAAUAACGAAGAAGGAUUAAAAUAUAUAUUUGUAGAUUAAACGUAUUACUUAUUUACGGAAGUAAUUGUAUUCUCGGAAGUUUUGAUUGGGUAUCUGAAAAAAAAUCGCUACCUACUUUAAUUAGUCUGAUUUCACAUGUUUGAGCAUUUCUAUAUACAAAUACAAUUUUUUUACCGAUGUGCUUUUUUACACCA